AUGAAAGCGCUACUGCUAUCCACCGUGAUGUACGUUCUGUGCCUUCCAGCAAUAUGGGGAUAUGUGGGGGAGCCGAAAAUGCAUAAGCUGACGAUGGGCGGUAUUUCAAACCAGAGGAGAACAUCAACCCGGAAAAUGAAUCUCUUGAAAACUAAGAUGCAAAGCGACUUCAAUUACGAGGGUAGUAAGAGGUACUACAACAACAGGCCCAUGACGGGGGAAAAGUCGCUGAACAAAAUUUCGCUCAUAGGACGCGUUGGAUGCGAACCAGAUAUAAAAAUUUUAAAUGGAGGAGACAAGGUUGCUACGUUCAGUUUGGCAACAAAUGAAUUUUGGAGAGACAGAAACACAAAUGAAUUGAAGUCCAAGACGGAUUGGCAUCGCAUCGUGGUUUAUGAUCAGAACAUUGUUGAUCUUGUAGAUAAAUUUUUACGAAAGGGAAGGAGAGUUUAUAUCCAAGGAUCGCUACACACGAGGAGAUGGUUUGGCAAUGACCUGACCAAUCAGCCGAGACAGAUAACUGAAGUGGUAUUAUCAUACAAUAAAGGUGAUUUAAUAUUUCUGGAUGAUAAGCGGAAUUUUAUUUCGCGAAAUACUUCAAAUGUGCAAAGUACUGAAAGUGCUAGUUCAAGCAACGAAGCAAAUAUUGCAAACAGUUUGGGGGGAAAUGCCGACGAAGCGAUAAGUGCAUCCAACAGUGACAGUCAUGGUGGUGUGGAACAGGAUGAGUUUGCACACGGACUGGAGGGGGCUGCUGCAGAGGGGUUCGAUUCGCUGGAAGACGGCCUCGGGAAGGAGGACGGAAUUUACGACAAGAUGAAUACGCAAGAGUUUGACGAAUGA